CAAUACAGAGGAAAAGGACAAAGAGCAAUUGUUGAAAGAUCUCGGAGGCAAUAGAUAUUGGAAAAUUCAAACGGAAAAUGUGGCGUCAGAAUCGGAUUUCGACAAAAGGUUUAAAAGACAUAAGGACAAAACCAUUGCAGUUUACUUUGGGGGAGGUACGUUGAAAGAGGACCGACAAAAUAUUGUAAAAGCUGCGAGAAUGUUUGCAAAACACAACAUUCGAAAUGGCAUUUUCUUAUAUGUCGACGGGGAAACACUCAGUGAAGGAUAUAAAAUUAAAAAUAAACAUCGAGGUACACUUUCGUUUGAUUUUGAGGAUAAGGAGGAAUAUGAUAAAAGACAUGACACCUACAAAGGCAAGGAAAUUUAUAUCAUUUUCGAUAGUCCCACGAUAAAAACUGAAAAGACCUGUGUGAAAAAUCGAAUGAAAAAAGAUGUUGAUUUGGUGCGCUCCUGGUAUACGGACCAAUACACUAAGGUCGUCUGGCUCGAUGUAGAUGUGGAUCUCUUAGGUGAGGACUAUGUAGCAGGUCUCUGUCCGAACAGAAAAACUCCAUAUUGCUACCCUAUGAUGUACCAGGAAGUAUCUGGAAAGGUGACGGGAGUUAUGGGUGGGUAUCAGUCCUUUGUCGACUUUUGGCCGUGUGAAAAAAAAUAAACAAAAUUGCCUAGGAAGUUGGCAUAGCAAGAAGACC